UUGGCUAAACUGAAUAAUUGUUACACUGACAUGUAGCGAAAUGCGAAAACAAAUAAUAGGAAAAAAAAAUGAAUAUAAAAUAACGAAGGCAUUUGAAUCGUCUAAGAUUAAUGUCAAUUAUUGUAACUGAUUAAAUUACAAUAAUUAAUGAGUAAAAUUUUACAAAAGGUUUCUUCGUUUGUAUCCUUACGUAAUUUUCUGUCUAAAUUAACUCCAUUUGGAAUUAAAAUGGUGCGUUAUUUUCCAAACCCUUACGAAGAUUACAAGCCAGGAGAAGUACUGCUUAACAAAGACGAAAUAAUAAAUCAAAUUAAUGAAAUUCUUAGCAAUAUUACGAAACGAUUACAACCAACUCACAAAAAUGUAGAGGGCGGGUUAUAUGUCGGAAUAACCGGUGUAUCGUUCACGUUUUAUUAUUUGUCUAAGAAUCAAUUAUUAUCUGAAAAAAGGAACAGUUAUAUUGAGAAAGCACUAGAAUAUCUCGCCCCUGCGUUGGUAACGUCAGUGGGUGAUAAAACCUCAUUUCUCCUUGGCGAUGCAGGUACGUACGCUCUUGCGACGGCCUUAAAGAAAGAAAUAGGAGAUAAACAAUUCGUCGAAUAUUUAGAAGCAUAUAAGUCUCUCUAUAAUUACUAUUUAAACCCAAAAUUUCUUAAAUGCGGGGGUGAUGAAUUUUUCGUCGGUCGAGCUGGAUAUCUAGCUGGAGCUCUGUGGUUAAGUCGAGAGAUACAAACACAAAUCUUCUCUAAUGAGGAGCUAUAUAAAAUCUGCGAUAUAAUAGUUAUGUCUGGAAGAGAAUAUUCAAAGAGACACCGAAGUCCAUGUCCAUUGAUGUAUCACUAUUAUAAUACUGAGUAUUUAGGUGCGGCACAUGGACUAAGUUUUAUUUUACAGAUGCUUAUAUCUGUUCCUGGUUACUUGGAAUUCAAUACAUCAGCCGCUCAUGAUAUAAAGGAAACAGUUCACUUUAUGUCUUCUUUACAAACUGAUGGAGGAAACUGGCCUUGCUUUAUGGAAGAAAUUGGUUUAUCAGACCAUAAGCUUAUUCACUGGUGUCAUGGAGCACCUGGUAUUAUUUAUUUAGUGGCAAAGGCUUAUUUAGUAUUCAAAGAUCAAAAGUUCCUUAAUGCUUGUAUCAAGGCUGGCGAUGCAGUUUGGCAGAAAGGUUUGCUUCGUAAGGGGCCUGGAAUAUGUCAUGGUGUAGCUGGUAACGGCUAUGUAUUUCUUCUUUUAUACAGAUUGACUGGUGAAGAGAAAUAUCUACACAGAGCUAUUCGGUUUGUUGAUUUUAUGAAUACUGAGGAAUUUAUGAAGGAUGCAAGGCUUCCAGAUAAUCCUGAAAGUUUGUAUGAAGGCACUGCUGGAACUGCAUGCUUUUUAGCUGAUAUUUUAGUACCUGAAAUGGCUGAAUUUCCCUUCCAAGAUGUUUUCUCAACAUAUGUUUAUUAAAAAAUGGUUUUAUAAAUAA